AUGUCACUCCUGACUUUAGAUAUUCAGAAUGAUUACGAAAAAAUUGUUAUUUCAAGAAAGGAAUUGAAAACCCUAUAUAACAACCUUUUAAAGUCCACGAUUCUAAAUCUCAAUUUGCAUCUUCCCACAUCUCACAACGAUCCAAUUAAGAAUGAGGUAUACCAGAAAGUUGAGAAAUGUCUACUAAAUUCAUUCCAGAACCUACUAAGCUCCCUUUUGGUAGAUGGUGAAGAUCGAAGUAACGUGCCUAUCCAGGAGCUUUUGCUGGUUGAUGACAAAGAUGAUGAUGUGGAACCUUUUGACAUUGAACUAAAUAACCAACUACGAGAAAUAUUAACCGAAUAUGAUGAUGUUACUGUUGAGCUAAGUGAAUUAAAAAGAGCAUUACUGAGACGAGCUGUUGAAAAGUAUCAAAAUUCGGUGGUUCGCGUCGAUGAUGAAGUUACUCGAAUAAUUAAAUUAAUUGACGAAAAAGUGGAGCAGAGCGUGGAGGAUAACCUGGAUAGGGAUGCAGCAACGAAGUUGUUGAGUGAAAUAAAUAUCGAUCAAUUGAAUGAAACUUAUUAUGGGUACUUGCAAACUAUCAAUCAGCUAAAUGAUACGGUACCACGAUUGAAACAGGAGGUUAGUGCUUAUUCCAAACUGGUAGAUUUCUUGAAAGAAAGGGAAAUGCAGUCGUGA